UAGACCACGGAGGCGGUCGGGACUGCUUUGAGUUCAAAAGGGAGUAAUCUGAGCCUGGAGUGUGUUUUGGGCCUUGCAGAUGGGAAUGACCUCAGCCUAGGCUGAAAACACUCAAGUGAAUUGUUAGGGGGUUGAUGUGAGCUGCUACACCAGGUACCACUUCGGACGUUCCUCCCACAUAUAAGUGAUACGCCUUUAUGUGACUGAAAUACGAUUUAACGAGGCUCAUUCACUAUAAUGUCCAUUUUAAAAAAAAUAACAACAGAAAGUCUGGCCUGGUAUUGUUAUAUAUUCGAUACGAUCACACUUCAAGUUAUGUCCGAGAUUUAUCUUAGUGGGAAGGCCAUGCAUGUGCUUCAAAGGAGUGAGUGAGUGAGUGAGUAUGUUUUACGCCGCUUUUAGCAAUAUUCCAGCGAUAUCACGGCGGGGGACACUGCUUCAAAGGAAAACAGUCUGUUCUGUUCAUUGCCUUUGUAGUACACAACAGGUAACUGUCGGUGUAUGCUGCAUCAAGUCUGACAUCAGAUUUCAUGACAACCAUCAGUUUGUAACGCUGACUCAUUGCCUCAAUUGGAAGAAUGAUUUUGGAUGAUAAAUAUGAUCUUACCCUCGUGUAUCUACCCUCGUGUAUCUACCCUCGUGUUUCUACCUUUAUGUCAAAAGACACAAAAGACUCUCUGUAUGCUACCGAAACAGCCAACAGUUUUUGUUUCUGUUUCUGGGAAUACCCCAACUGCAUUAUGGAAUCAUAUCUGACAUGGACACGUAGGCGGUAACAUGGAGUGAAACAGAAAAUAGGAGUAAUCCCAACUGAGGUAUGACGUCAGAUGAAUUCCUAGAAAUGUCGCUUAGCCCCUAUAACAACACACUCACUUAACGUUUCGUGUGACGAGAUACGAGUCGAUAUGAGCAACAGACACAGCUGUUUCACGUUGCAGUAGGAUGACGGAAUAAGGAAAGGUGAUGGAGAAGAAAAGGACAUCAUCUCGUGACAUUACUUCUGAUGAAAGAUGUGUCGAACCACAACCAGAUGAAGGAGAUGGUAAAACAGAACAUAAUAAUGACUCUGAUCAAGGUGUCAGAAGCGUAGAAGAUUUUAAUGGAAGAAUCAGUGAUGUUGAAAGAACAGGCAGUUGGAGAGUUCGGCGUUCUAGUGAAGCAGCUAUCCCACGUCAUGUUGGUUUCAAAGACCUGAAACUGCAUAGAGAUGGGAAAACAGGACGGGAGAGAACAGAUUCUGCAAGAUUAGGCAAUUGGAGAGACAGAGGUACCGUUGAUGUCGAUAUGAAACAGCAUGUAGGUUUCAAAGAACGGGAAGUGCACAGAGAAGGGAAAACAGAACAAGACAGAGUUGAUUCUACUGGAACAGGCAAUUGGAGAGGUCGAGGUUCACAGGGAGCAGAUAUCAAACAGCAUGUAGGUUUCAAAGAACGGGAAGUGCACAGAGAUGAAAAUACAGAACAAGACGGAGUUGAUUCUACUGGAACAGGCAGUUGGAGAGGUCGAGGUUCACAGGGAGCAGAUAUCAAACAGCAUGUAGGUUUCAAAGAACGGGAAGUGCACAGAGAAGGGAAAACAGAACAAGACAGAGUUGAUUCUAGUGGAACAGGCAGUUGGAGAGGUCGAGGUUCACAGGGAGCAGAUAUCAAACAGCAUGUAGGUUUCAAAGAACGGGAAGUGCACAGAGAUGAAAAUACAGAACAAGACAGAGUUGAUUCUACUGGAACAGGCAGUUGGAGAGGUCGAGGUUCACAGGGAGCAGAUAUCAAACAGCAUGUAGGUUUCAAAGAACGGGAAGUGCACAGAGAUGAAAAUACAGGACAAGACGGAGUUGAUUCUACAGGAACAGGCAGUUGGAGAGGUCGGGGUUCACAGGGAGCAGAUAUCAAACAGCAUGUAGGUUUCAAAGAACGGGAAGUGCACAGAGAUGAAAAUACAGGACAAGACGGAGUUGAUUCUACAGGAACAGGCAGUUGGAGAGAUCGGGGUUCACAGGGAGCAGAUAUCAAACAGCAUGUAGGUUUCAAAGAACGGGAAGUGCACAGAGAUGAAAAUACAGGACAAGACGCAGUUGAUUCUACUAGAACAGGCAGUUGGAGAGAUCGGGGUUCACAGGGAGAAGAUAUCAAACAGCAUGUAGGUUUCAAAGAACGGGAAGUGCACAGAGAUGAAAAUACAGGACAAGACGGAGUUGAUUCUACUAGAACAGGCAGUUGGAGAGAUCGGGGUUCACAGGGAGCAGAUACCAAACAGCAUGUAGGUUUCAAAGAACGGGAAGUGCACAGAGAUGAAAAUACAGGACAAGACGGAGUUGAUUCUACUAGAACAGGCAGUUGGAGAGAUCGGGGUUCACAGGGAGCAGAUAUCAAACAGCAUGUAGGUUUCAAAGAACGGGAAGUGCACAGAGAAGGAGAAACAGGACAAGGCAACAUUGAUUCUACUGGAACAGGCAGUUGGAGAGAUCGGGGUUCACAGGGAGCAGAUAUCAAACAGCAUGUAGGUUUCAAAGAACGGGAAGUUCACAGAGAUGAAAAUACAGGACAAGACGCAGUUGAUUCUACUAGAACAGGCAGUUGGAGAGAUCGGGGUUCACAGGGAGAAGAUAUCAAACAGCAUGUAGGUUUCAAAGAACGGGAAGUGCACAGAGAUGAAAAUACAGGACAAGACGGAGUUGAUUCUACUAGAACAGGCAGUUGGAGAGAUCGGGGUUCACAGGGAGCAGAUACCAAACAGCAUGUAGGUUUCAAAGAACGGGAAGUGCACACAGAUGGACACACAGAACAACAUGAAGGACUUUUAACAGGAAUAGGUCGGCAAAGAUAUGAGAACUCGCCUGGCCUGAAUCUGUCCCUGCUCAAAGAACUCAAACAUAAGGAUCCUUCUACAAUUUUGUUGACCCUGGAAUCAAGAAUACAUUGUUUGAUGAAGCCAAACACUCUUCCACCGCAUGUUGUAUAUACAGUUGUAAGUCUCAUAGCAAAGGGAAUCCAGAACAGAAAAACUGCUUCCAACAAUGUCAUUAACAUUCUACUGGCUAUCCAAGAGUCGAAAUUCUAUGAGCAUGUUUCACAUUUGUUGGAGCAACUUGAUGCAAAACUAGUAGAAAAAGACAAGAGUCAAAGUUUCCUUAAGGAUCUGACAAUCUUUCUUACCGAAUUGUACACUCGACUGCCGCAUGCAUUUAUGAAAGUAAAGGUACUUGGUUUGGAGAAACAACUGACAUUAGUAACUCAAAACCUACAAAGAAAAUACAAUAUAGUUGAUGAUGAAAUUGUAUAUAACUUGAGUCAACUCCAGGAACUGAAAUAUUCAGUUCUUCAGACAUCAAAGAACAGUAUGACCAGGAAACAAGAGGAUAGAGAAGGUGAACCUCCUGAUGAUUUUAGAGCUUUAUCCAUAUUACCAAAUGCCGCUGAUAUAUAUCCAAAUGAGAAGCUAUUCCUGAGAAAGAAUAAAUCCGUCGGUGGUUACAGGAAUCUAGAUCAUUAUCUGGAUGUCCAGUUUCGACUCCUCAGGGAAGAUUUUGUUGGUCCAUUGAGGGAUGGCAUUGGAGCUCUUUUCGCUGAAAAAAAGCCAUUGAAACAAGGUCAAAGGAUAAAUGAUGUCAGGGUGUAUUAUGAUGUACAUAUUGGUAGGAAAGUCUUAUCACACAACGGAAUAUUACACAGAUUACACUUUGAUGUAAGUGGUCUAAAGCAGAUAGUGUGGGAAGAUUCGAAGAGUCUUAUCUAUGGUACGUUGGUGUGUCUGCUACUAGAUAACUCUGAGACAUUUAUUCUGGCAACGAUCGCUGACAGGAGUCCCAAUCUUCUCGGAUUAGGCAUUGUCGAUGCAAUGAUUGAAGAUUCGGGAGAAUUCGAGAUACGACGUGACAUGAAGUUUACCAUGGUUGAAACAACUGCAUUCUUUGAAGCUUACCGCCAUGUGCUUGGAGCUUUACAGGAGGUUAACGAGGGGGAUCUUCCUUUUGAAAAGUAUAUUGUUCACUGUGAAACCAGUCGCGACCCUCCAAGAUACUUACGAAGAUGUUCAAGAUCGUCACAUUAUGACUUGCAACCACUGACAGAAACACAAAGCAUCUUGACUGAUAGACAUGGUAUGAGACGUCUUACUUCUCAACCUGCUCUCAAAGUCAAUAUUUUUGACAAUGGAGAUUGGCCUACUGCAGAUGCUCUUCAUUUGAAUACGCCGCAGUACCAAGCUUUGAAGACUGCUUUGACGAAAGAGUUUGCAAUCAUACAGGGUCCACCUGGAACAGGGAAAACGUUUAUUGGUCUGAAGAUUGUCAAAGCUCUGCUCCAUAAUAAGGCUAAAUGGAAGAAGCCUAUGCUAAUUGUGUGUUACACUAAUCAUGCUUUGGAUCAGUUUCUUGAGGGAAUAAUUAGCUUUCACAAGGACAAUGUCAUCAGAGUUGGCAGUAGGAUAUCAAAGACAUGUCUUGAAGUCUACUCACUAAAAGCUCUAAGACUGAAACAUAGGAGCAAAGGCAUGAAGCACCAUAGAUGGGAACUUAGACAAGACAUGGAACUGUUUGAAACAUGCAUGGAGGAAGCAUAUAUGAAAUUGGAGGAUGCAAAGGGGUCAAUAUUACAUGAAGCAACCCUUUUGGAAUAUAUGCACAUCCAUUAUGAUAGAAUGUUGGAAAUGAUGGAGAUUAUGCAUGCAGAACUUGAGGUUCAACUUGGCCAAAAGCUGAAAUUUCCUCGAUGUGUUAUGCGAGAAUGGCUUGGAAUGGGAAACAUUGUCACUGGACAUUUGCUUCAAAACGAAUUUGCAGAUGAAUAUAACGAGAAUGAAGAAGAAAAAAGUGAAAGAGAAGAUGAAGAAGAAGGAAAAGGGGUAGAAGAAGGAGUAGAAGAAGAAGAAGAAGAAGCAGGAAAAGGAGUAGAAGAAGGAGUAGAAGAAGAAGAAGAAGAAGGAAAAGGAGUAGAUGGAAAAGGAGGAGUAGAAGAAGGUGAAGAAGGAAGAGGAGUAGAUGGAAAAGUAGUAGAAGAAGGAGAAGAAAGAGAAGAAGAAGAAGAAGAAGAAGAUGGGAAUACAGUGGAUGGUGCAGAGAUGGCAGAGUCAUAUAAAACAAAUGAUUGCUUUGCUGAUGAGGGAUUUGCUACUGAAGAAAAAUCAAAUGAUGAAAUUCAAGGUGAAAACAAUGUUACGUUUGUUAUGUCAACAGUUCAAAAUACCUCUGCAGCGAAUGAUUAUAUGCAUGGCUUCCAGUUUCCCAAAAGCAAAAGAAAAAAUAUGAAACAAUAUGUCCUGAGGCAACUAAGGUCAUCAGAACGAAUGACAGAUGAUGAAUUUGAACACAUUGGUGAACCAUGGAAUCUGUCCAUGCAUGACAGGUGGAGGCUUUACAGAUACUGGGUUUUCAAAUUAUGUGAAAAGCUGAAAAGACAAAUAUUGCUCGACGAGGAAUGCUACAAAAAUGCUUUGACAGAGUUAAAGGAAUUGCAAGAGGAUGAAGACAAACUAUUGUUUCACAAUGCUACAGUGCUUGGCAUGACAACGACAGCAGCAGCUCGGAACAGACAAGUGCUUGCCGAUAUUGGGCCUAGUAUCAUUGUGGUGGAGGAAGCUGCUCAGGUUCUUGAGGGACACAUCAUCAGCACUUUAAGCAAGAAGUGUGAACACCUGAUACUCAUUGGAGACCACAAACAACUGAAGCCAAACCCAACAGUUUACAAGUUGGCAAAACAGUUUAACAUGGAUUUGUCAUUGUUUGAGAGGAUGGUAUCAAAUGGAAUUCACUGUGACACUUUAUCUCUUCAGCAUAGAAUGAGGCCAGAGAUAUCUGCUUUGUUACGCCAUAUAUAUCCGAACCUCGAGGAUGACCCAUCUGUGUUUAAAUAUGAAAAUGUGAAGGGGGUUUCUGCCAACAUGUUCUUCAUAGAUCACAGAAAUCAAGAGGAGCCUGAUAGACAUAUGGUUAGUCAUUCCAAUGAAUACGAAGCAAUGUACGUUGUUGCUCUGUGCAGUUACCUGCUAAAGCAAGGAUAUAACAAUUCACAAAUCACUGUACUCACAACCUAUUCAGGACAACAACAAAAAAUAAAGAAAUUAAUGCGCAUGGGUAACUUCCCAGACGUGAAACUGACAGUUGUUGACAACUUCCAAGGCGAAGAAAAUGACAUAGUGCUGUUGUCUCUUGUCAGAAGCAAUCCUGAAAAUAGUGUUGGAUUUCUGAAAAUUGAAAACCGCAUAUGUGUUGCUCUUUCACGCGCAAAAAUUGGGCUCUUUGUUAUUGGCAACUUUGAGCUUCUUGCCAAGCAGAGCUUAAUGUGGAGAGAUAUUUUGGUAGAUUUGAGAAAAAACAACCAGGUUGGACCCAUCUUGAACCUGUAUUGCCAAAACCAUCAAGGAGAAACGGGAAUCAGUAUUGAAAGACCACAUGAUUUCAAAAAGGCCCCUGAUGGAGGCUGUCUGAAACCAUGUUUAUUCAGACUCAAAUGUGGACAUGUUUGCACACGAUUUUGCCAUCCCUAUGACCCUGAACACACAGAAUUCCUUUGCAUGAAGUCUUGUAACGAGAUACUUUGCGGUGAUGGUCAUCCAUGUCCAAGACCAUGUCACAAGCAGUGUGGAAAAUGUACCGUACCUAUUCAAAAGACCAUACCAUCAUGUGGCCAUAGACAGAUGGUUCCAUGUUUCAAGGAUCCGAACACAUUCUCCUGUAUGGAAGAUUGUGAGAUACUUUGCACCAAUGGUCAUCAAUGUCCAAGACCAUGUCACGAGCAGUGUGGACAAUGCACAGUACCUAUUCAAAAGACCAUACCAUCGUGUGACCAUAGACAGAUGGUUCCAUGUUUCCAAGAUCCAAACGAAUUCUCCUGUGAGGAUUAUUGCGAGACGGAUCUUGAUUGUGGGCAUAGAUGUGGAGAAGUUUGUGGAAAGGCACAUCAAUGCACAGCAACAAUUAAGAAGACAUUUAGAUGCGGACAUGUUAAAGAGGUCUUGUGCAUUAAUAAAGAAACAGCAGAGUGUUGUGUCAGAUGUAUUGUAAAGCUUGACUGUGGACAUAGUUGUGACGGUAACUGCAACAGGUGCUAUGAAGGAAGGCUACAUGUACCAUGCCGGAAGAUGUGCCAGGAAACCCUGCUCUGUGGCCAUGAGUGUGGCGCUAAAUGUUCACAUUGUCCCCCGUGUAAGAUGGCGUGUGAGAACCGCUGUCUCCACAAAAGUUGCACCAAAUUUUGUGGUGAAAUUUGUGACCCAUGCAAAGCACCUUGUGAAUGGAAAUGUGAACAUUUCAAAUGUACUUUGACCUGCUAUGAGCCCUGUGACAGACCACCCUGCAAUGAACCAUGCAAGAAGAAACUACCCUGUGAACACCUGUGCAUUGGUCUUUGUGGAGAGCCAUGUCCAACACAAUGCCGAUUUUGCAACACAGAUGUAGUAAGUCGUGUGAGUGGAAAGCCUGGCGCUAGAUACGUUUUCCUUGAAGAUUGUGGACAUAUUGCAGAAGUUACAAGCCUCGAUAGGCAUAUGGAAUCCAAAUCGGAAGAGAUAAAACUGAAGGAGUGCCCACACUGUAAGACAAUAAUAAGACACAAUGUGAGGUAUGGAAAUGUGAUAAAUUCCACACUCAGGAAGCUGGAAGUUGUGAAGGAGCAGUGCAAUGAACUGGAAGACAAAGUUCUAGAAACUGAAGAAAGAAUGAUGAUUCAAGUGCUGAAUGAUGAAGAAAGCGAGGAAAAUACGAAAGAACUGAUGCUGCGUCAAGGCUUCACCAAUACUGUGGCAGGUGUCACUGCACUACGAAAUCAGUUUAGCCUUCUGGAUGAACUUGCCAAGAUUGCUGAUGAAUAUGAACGAUUUGUCGGUCUAGAAGACAUAAUUCGCCUUAUUGAUUUGAACAGUGAGGAGAUAAAAAUGUUCCGCACGUGGCUGAUGAUACGAAGACAAGCUUUCGGCAGGCAAGACGAAUCAGAUGCUCAGAAUGAACUGCUUAGACACAAAAUGAUUAUUCAGUUGGUUGAUUUAGAAUUCCUUCUGGGAGCCAAAUCUAAAGAAAUUGCGAUAUGUGGUUACCUGUUGAUACUGAAAGACAUCCUUAUGUCAGGUAAGCCAUACACAGCUGAAAAACAGAUCAGGGUUGAAGGAUUAUUUGCCCAACUGAGACGGAUUCUCAACAACACUAUAGAGGAGAUAGACAAUACAAAGGUGAUGAUCGUGCCCACAACUGGAAUUGCAUCUGGUCGCUGGUUCUUCUGUCGGCAUGGACAUACCUAUUCAAUGGGAGGCCGUGGGUAUGGUUCCAAGCAUGACUGCCCCAGCUGUGGUAUCGGAAUUGGUCAGAAGCACGACAGAAGAUUUUAAAGACAAGAUUGCUUGUGUUGUGAGACUGAAAAUGAAGAGGCUACUUGAAAGUUAAUAUCAACGAGAGGUGGUGUGACGGGGACUCUUCCGACUUGAAGAUAAAUGACACAUCAAAUGAUAUGUUAUGUUGUGGCUAUUGCGAGGUGAAGAGAGACAGAAAGGGACAAAGAUGUAGAUUCAAAGCUAAGCCUAAUGAUUGUGUGGUCGCCAGUUUUAGUGUAGUUUGCAUUGACCGCCCCGAUUGUGAUGCACGUGAUAAGAUUUUGUAAUGUACCUAUUUCCAUUGUAAUGGAAAAUUGUUGUUCUGCCUAGAAUGUGUCUGUCAGGAUAUUAGUUUGGCGAAGAUGUUCUUGUACAGUACAGUUAUGUCAAUGCUUUCGACGAAUACUACUCAGUUACAAUCAAUGGGCAAAAGAAUAACCUCUUCGUGACCCUAGCAGCAGAUCAUGGGGAUAAUAUGUUAUCUUUUAGUUUGAAUAUUUGUACUCAUGUAUUUUAUAUAUUCUAUAGUUUGAAUAUGUGACACAUCUCCUAUUAACUGACUUACAAUGUGAUCCUUGAAACACAUAUAUGACAAAUGAAUGUAUAUAAGCAGCAAAAUUCAUUGUUUGUCCUUAUGACGCAUCACAAAUUAUUAUAUUCUGGUAAAUCCAUGCUUUUACGUUUAUGUAAAGGGGUACCGGUGGACAAGUCAUCUAAGGCACCGCAUUAUUUACGCUGUGUAGGGUUGUGUUCCUCAGGCGUGCCCGAAUAGUAUCAUCGUUGGAUUAUGAACUUUGGUUGAUCAGCACAAUACCCAUGGUUAAAGUCUGCGACCUCGGACAACUUUCAUUCCAAAUUACGAAGUCACAUAUCAGGUUAAAAUAAGAGACGCUGGCGGCGGUGAGUAGUUGAGUUGCUGAACAUACUUGUCAAGCUGGACUCCAAAGACUUUUAGGGCUUCUGUCCUUCCCACACAGAAGCACACGUGAUAAAGCAUUAGGGUCUGCUUAGCCAAAUUGGUAUUGGAAAUGUGUCACCGUUCACCCAGCAAGGAUUGUGUACCUGCAAGGAUUGUGAGGCUUUUAUAUACAUGUUCUAGAGCUAGCCACACCUUUUGACUGCUUGAGCUGUAUAAUCCUAUAGAUUUGAGAAUGUGAGCCAUUGACUUAGGCAAUACUUGUGUAGCGUCAUGAACAUGCUUUAGGAAAUUGAUACAUCAUUAUAUACAUAUGCAUUUGUUGCUUCAGUGUUAUCAAAUGUUGCAGUAUUUCAGUUUAUGCCAUAUACUUGAAUUUACAUAUUUUCGGUUAUAGAACUCUGUAAUUUCAAAUUCACACCGUUAUAUCAAUAUGUUUGUAACAAAUCAAUCCUCGAGUUCCAGAGAGCUGAUGUACAGACAAAUGUCAUAAUGUAAAUAAGGCACAAAUAAUGCUUACUGUAUUUUAGGCACAUGUAGAGAAAAAUGUUUAUGGUCACGUAGCAUGAAUUACAUUGCUUGAGUUUACGAUAUUCAGCGGAAUAUGUAAAGAAUUACAACUUCAAAAUGUUACGUUUUACACUUAAGCUAUGAAGAACAGAGAUUGUUAAAACCAUCAUAUUAUCAUUACUAAAUUGCCCAUUGGUAGGUGAAUACGAGAAGAGCGUUUCUCAGGUUUUUAUUUCAAACAUAAAGUGAUAUAAUACCUAGAUUUAUGUUUAAUAUUCAAACAAAUCUGGACCAAAGAUUGUAUUUGUUGUGUAUAUAUAUCUGUGAGAAGAUUGCGAUAUGUAACCAUUGACAAUGUUUUGUAAGAUGCAAGAUAUGAAGUUUCACUUGGAAAUAGUCACCAUUUAAGUGGUAAUGUAUCAAGACAAAAGUACAUGUAACAUUGAACGUGUAUGUGAGUGAGUGAGUGAGUGAGUUGGGUUUAACGCCGCUUUUAACAUUAUUCCAGCUAUGUCGCGGUGUGUCAGCUUUAUGUGGGAGGAAAGCCCGAAGUGAUGCAGGUCUAAGA